GGUCCAAACUCAGUCGCCCCUCAAAUCUUUAGGGUUUCGAAGGUUUCGAUCUAAGAGGCAAGGCUGCCGAAUCGGCCCAUUAGUCUCAUCGUCGCCUUUUUCAAAUUUUCGACUCCAUAAAUCUCCACCUUGGUUCCGUUUCGCGCUUCCUGCGUUGGAUCCUUCCCGCCGAGCCUACCAGUCUCGAUCUCUGGUGAAGGAGAUGGACAAUAAUUCUCUGAUGCUGAUUGAUAACGACGGUUCUUUUGAGAUGGAUGACCAUGCUCAUAUGGAUGUGGAGGCCACUGAAAAUAACGCCAUGACAGUCUUUAAUCCAACAACUCCUGUUGCUGAUGCUGAUGACAGUGCGCUGCUUGAACCUGAUACACAACCCAGCAAACGAAGGAGGAAGAAGUCUAUGGUGUGGGAGCAUUUCACGAUAGAAACAGUUAGCCCUGGAUCUACUAAAGCUUCUUGUAAGCACUGCAAGAAAUCCUUUGCCUAUAUAACUGGUUCAAAGUUAGCUGGAACAAGCCACCUUAAGCGUCACAUUGCGUUGGGGAUCUGUCCUAUGAGUCGACAGAACAAUCAGCUCACAUUAACCCCCGAAACUAAGGAUCGUAGCACAACUGGUCCUCCCAAAAAACGGCAGAGAUCAUCUGCUGGCUAUACGAACAUCCCCCUUGAUCAAGAUCGUUGUUACCAUGAGAUGGCAAAGAUGAUCAUCAUGCACGAAUAUCCCCUUCAUAUGGUCGAGCAUCCGGGCUUUGCUGGUUUUGUGCAAACUCUUCAGCCCCAGUUCAAUAUGGCGAGUUUCAACACCAUUCAUGGUGAUUGUGUGUCUAUGUACUUGUCACAGAAGCAAAAACUUACAGACUUAAUUGGGGAGAUUCCUGGGCGAGUUAACCUCACCAUAGACUUGUGGACAUCAAAUCAAUCAGUGGGAUAUGCAUUCUUGACGGGGCACUUUAUUGACAGGGACUGGAACCUGACCUCCCAUCUUCUGAAUGUUCUUGUUGUACCUUCUCCUGAUUCAGAUUUUGCUUUGAAUCAGCCAGUAGCGGCUUGCUUAUCAGACUGGAACCUGGAGAGGAAGCUCUCCAGUCUUACUGUUGACCAGUCAGCGGUAAAUAAAACUGCCAUUGAAAAUCUCAGAGGCUUCUUGUCUGUCAGGAACCCACAUGUGUUGAAUGGUCAACUGUUGAUGGGAAGAUGUUAUGCUCGGCUCAUAAGCAGUAUGGCUCAAGAUGCCCUCGGAGCUGAGGAGAUAGAGAAGACCAUCAAGAAAAUUCGUGAUAGCGUAAAGUAUGUGAAAACCAGCGAUUCUUGUGAAGAGAGGUUCUAUGAAGUCAAGAGACAACUUCAAACCCCUUGUACAAAAGAUCUCCUCAUUGACGACCAAACGAAAUGGAAUACAACUUAUAACAUGUUGCUGUCUGCCUGGGAACACAAAGAAGUGUUUUCUUGUCUGGAAACCUACGAUCCUGAUUAUAAAAUAACUAUAUCUUCUGAAGAAUGGAGAAAGGUAGAAAUCAUCUGCUCGUGCUUGAAGGUUCUCUUUGAUGCAGCUAGUGUCUUGACUGGCCCAACGCAUUUGACAGCGAAUGAUAUGUACCAUGAAAUGACAAAGCUUCAACUAGCACUGAGCAACACUGCCAUAAGUGAAGACCCUGAUGUCAGAAACCUAGCAACCCCGAUGAGGGAGAAAUUUGACGAGUACUGGAGUCAGUGUUUCCUGGUUCUGGCUGUUGCUGUGGUCAUGGAUCCACGAUUCAAGAUGAAGCUUAUUGAGUUCAGCUUCUCUAAGAUGUAUGGUGAAGAUGCUGGGAAAUGGAUCAAGACUGUUGAUGAUGCUGUUCAUGAUCUGUAUCAUGACUAUGCGGCACAGAAUUUUCCUCUGUUGGAUGCAUAUGUAGGCCACGGAAACCAUGAUGUUCCUGGAUCAGAGAUGUCUCAGGAAGUUCACUUUCAUCAAGAACUGGCUCACGAACAUCACCAUGGGAAUGGGAUUUCACAUGAUCAUGCUCACGAAGUUAAUCUAUAUGGACAAGCUCAAAAUGGCCAUCUACAGAAUGAACAGUCAAAACAAGACCACGUUUUGGAAAUCCAUGAGCCUCAAGAACCUCAUCAGUCAUAUGCACAGCUUGAAGGACAUGAACUGGCUGUGGAAUCCCUGCCUCAGGAAGGUCAAAUAGUAGAGGAACAUUCUCAGGAAGACCAACAAACGGAUAAACGUCCACAAGGAGAGCAGGCAACAGAAUCAGUUUCUCGGGAAGAUCAGUCCAUUGAGGUUUUGCCGAAAGAGAGUCAGUCUUUGGAGGUGCAGUCUGGAGAAGGUCAACUAUGUGAAACAGUGUCCACAGAAGUGCAAUCGGUGGAAGUAGGCAAAGAAGACUUUGUAGUAGAGGCAGUUCCACAAGAGAACCAAUGUGAGGAACGGCUGUCGUCGCAGGAGAACAGUCAAUUGGAGGGAGCGACCCAAGAGAGGCAGUCCACACAAGAGGACCAACAAGCCAAUGGGCAAUUGACCCUGACUCAGGAGAGUCAGCAAACAGAUGAACCAUCCCAGGGGAGCCAACCGAUGGAGGAUAUACCCGACAAGACCCAGCCUCAGGAGGAAAUGCCACAGGAAAGCCAGCCAGCAGAGGAUAUAUCACAUGUGGGUCACCCAGUUGAGGAAAUGGUGCAGGAGAACCUGUCAGGGGAAGAUAUGGCUCAGAACACUCAGCCUGUGGAGGAUAUAUCUCAGGUGGAUCAGCCAGUUGAGGAAGUGGGGCAGGAGAACCUGUCUGGGGAGGAUAUGACACAGGGCACUGAGCCUCAGGGGGAUGAGCCAGUUGAGGAUGUGGUGCAGGAUAACCUGUCGGGGGAGGAUAUGACUCGAGACACCCAGCCUAUGGAGGAUAUCCCUCAGGACCUUCAACCAGUAGAGGAAAUGGGGCGGGAGAAUCAGUCAGUGGUAGAUGAUAUGGCUGAGGACACUCAGCCGAUUGACGAUAUACCCUCGGACACUCAGCUGGUGGAGGAAACGGAGCAGGAGACACAACCGAUGGAGGAAACGGUGCAGGAGACACAGCCAGUGGAGGAAAUACAUGAAGAACCACAGCCUCCAAAAUCAGAGGAAGCUGAGACAGAAGAGCCACAGCCAAUGGAGGAUCUGCCUGAACUGCCUCAGCCAGGAGCAUCACAACCAGCCGAGGUUCAAUCACAAAGCCCUGAAAAUGAUGAUGAUGAUGAUGAUGAUGAUAAUGGUCUGCCCCAAGAGCCUGAACACACCGAGUCUCUGCCAGAAGAGCUGCAAGGUCUUGCCUCUGAGGAAAUGCAAGCACGGCCUGAACAGAGCCACCACCACCAUCAUGAAGACCACUCAUUUACCAUUUCCCAAGAAGAUAGCCAUCAGGUUGACGUCCUUCUCCAGGAAGGCCACCACCUCGAGGCAUCAUCACAUGACUUUCCUCUCAUCACCAUUGGAGACGGGUUCUCAGACUUUGAGCUCUACAUCUCGGAUAUCAGCAGCCACCAGCAGAUGAAAUCAGAGCUCGACCAGUACCUGGAAGAAUCUCUAAUGCCUCGGUCUCAGGAUUUUGACGUUCUGGGCUGGUGGAAACUGAACAGGACCAAAUACCCCACCCUCUCCAAGAUGGCGGCUGAUGUUCUGUCCGUACCAUUCUGCACCGUGGCUCCGGAUUCUGUGUUCGACACCAAGAUGAAGAAGAUGGAUUGUUACCGGAGCUCGCUCCGUUCGGUGACAUUGGAGGCUCUGAUCUGCGCCAAGGACUGGUUCAAGCACGGGUCUUCCCCUUCUAACGACAGCAGCGUGAAGAGGGAAUGAAGCUUAAGGCUUUUUGGAUGAUAUCACCUUAGAGUUGCUUAUCGGUUAUAUUCGUCUAGUUCCUAUGAUAAAGUUUUUUAGGGUUUGAUCGACUUCUUUGUUGUGAAACCCCUCCCUUAGGUUUACCGCUAUUAUGUAUUCGCAUCUUCUGUGAUUUGGUGGAUAUGAUUACUUAGCAUCUGAGUGAGAGAUAUGUGGGUUUGCAUUUCAUAAGCAAUUUUUUUUUAUAAAAAAAAUGUGGUUGGGUGAAAGCAUAUUAUAAUA